AUGGGUAGCGAUCUCGAUCUACAAAUCGAGCAACUCAAAAAAUGUCAACCUCUCUCUGAAACGCAAGUCAAAGAGCUCUGUCUCAAAGCACGCGAGAUCCUCAUCGAAGAAGGCAAUGUCCAACACGUCGAUGCACCCGUGACGAUAUGCGGUGACAUCCAUGGACAGUUUUUCGACCUCAUGGAGCUCUUCAAGCACGGUGGAAUGUGUCCCGAGACCAACUACCUAUUCAUGGGCGACUUUGUCGACCGCGGCUUCUACUCUGUCGAAACGUUUCUGCUGCUAUUGGCGUUGAAGGUGAGAUAUCCGGAUCGGAUCACGUUGAUACGAGGCAAUCACGAGUCGAGACAGAUUACGCAGGUGUACGGCUUCUACGACGAAUGCGUUCGCAAGUACGGCAGCGUUAAUGUGUGGAGGUACUGUUGCGAGGUGUUUGACUAUCUGGCGUUGGGAGCGGUGGUGGAUGGACGAGUGUUUUGCGUUCACGGAGGGCUCUCGCCGAGUAUCACUACGUUGGAUCAAAUCAGAAGCAUCGACAGAAAGCAAGAGGUUCCUCACGACGGAGCCAUGUGCGAUUUGCUCUGGUCCGAUCCCGACGACAUCACUGGCUGGGGGAUGAGUCCAAGAGGUGCAGGAUAUCUGUUCGGAGGCGACGUGGUACAGCAAUUCGCCCACACCAACGAUCUCGACCUGAUCGCAAGAGCGCAUCAGUUGGUGCUUGAGGGGUACAAGUUGAUGUUCGACCAGACCAUCGUCACGGUCUGGUCAGCACCCAACUACUGCUAUCGGUGUGGUAAUGUGGCGAGCAUCUUGAAGCUCGACGACGCGCUCAAUCAAAAAUACGAAACUUUCGACGCUGCGGCACAGGAGGCGCAUGGUGUUCCCGCAAAGAGGCCGGCGCCAGAGUACUUUUUGUAA